AAUUCAAACACAUAUUUACUUUUUCAUCAAUUCACACCUUAAAAAAAACUCCGAAAAUCUGUCUUUAUAAGUCCGAGUUCCGACCCUCAAUCCCCCAUAAAUCACUCCUGCUUCUCUCUUCUUAAUCAUACUCCACUUUCACUGACUGGCAAUCUUAUUACAAAACCAAAGGAAUCCAAAGACUUAUCUACCUGCAGAAAAGAAUGGCCUUUCAAGCCUUAGGUGUUCUGGCGACGGCGUUUCUUCUUCUUCUUUCAUGUGAGAGAAUCAAUGGCGGGUCGUUUUGCAACCCAGCUGAUCUCAAGGGUCUCCUAGGGAUGAAGGCGGAGAUUCAUUCCGAUUACUCUGGGCGAACGGAGAAGUGGUUAGGCCAAGGCUGCUGCGAAUGGGAAGGCAUUUCGUGCAACAAUGAAACCGGGAGGGUGGUCGAGAUCAAUCUCCCGGGCUUGUAUACUUCCGGGGGAGCUCCUUUCCAGGCGAGAAUGGAUGGGUUGUUCCCUGAAUCCGUUGCUCUUCUUGCCUCUCUUGAAGUGCUUGACAUUAGUGGGCAGGGAGGCCUGACAGGGCAGAUUCCAUCGGCUAUUGGUUUUCGUCUCCACAAUCUCAGAAUCCUCAGGCUCUCUGGUAAUAGCUUCAGUGGUUCAUUACCAGAGAGCUUAGGUAAGAUGACCAAACUCGAAGAACUCGAUCUAUACGAGAACAAUUUUUCCGGGUUUCUUCCUCCAAGUCUGGGGAGUCUCACAAGUCUGAGAAUCCUGGAUUGUCAUUCUAAUAACUUUUCCGGGAUUAUACCUGACUCCUUCACGGAACUGAGCAGCCUGGAGAUCCUCCGUCUUUACGACAAUUCAUUGUCGGGGAAUAUCCCAGCAGCCAUUGGCAACCUGCAAGCACUGAAACAGCUUGAUUUAUCGAGCAAUUCUUUGAGUGGGAAAAUCCCGGGGUCGAUCACGAAUCUCACCUCCAUUUCAGUUAUGUAUCUGGAUGAUAACCAUCUCGAAGGAGACAUACCAUUUCCUUCAAAAUCUGGUGAGCUCUCUUCACUGGGGUUUCUGAGACUCCAAGAUAAUCGCCUCACCGGGGGAAUUCCUCCAUCCAUUGCCUAUUUGAGUUCCCUCCAAAGAGUCUCUUUUUCAAACAAUCAGCUCCAAGGUCCUCUCCCUGCAACUAUAGGGGAUAUGCAAUCCCUGACAGAGCUUUAUCUCGACGGAAACCAACUAUCCGGUCACAUACCUUCAUCCAUAGCCAAUCUCUCCCAUCUCCAAGUCCUCUCAGUUACCCAGAACCAGAUUCUUGGUCCAUUGCCUCAAGAAAUGGUUUCACUUGAAAAUCUUAAAAUCCUCAAUCUAUCAUUCAACAGAUUCAAUCUUUCAGUCAUCCCCGAGUGGAUCGAAAAAUUGCCAUCACUGACUCAUCUUUACUUGGGUGGAUGUGGAAUCCAGGGAAAAAUCCCAGAUUAUCUUCAAUCAAAACAUACCAAACUCAUAGAGCUGGAUUUGUCAUCCAACCAUCUCACCGGAAGAAUCCCGGAAUGGCUAGGGAGCUUUGACCAGCUCUACUUGUUAAACCUGUCUGCAAACAAUCUAGUCCAUAAAGUUCCAAGUACUUUCUCAAGGCUCGAAAUCAUGGGAGUACUGGAUCUUCACUCGAACAAGUUAACAGGGAGUAUAGAGCAGAUUCUUCAGAUGAAAAGCAGAUUUGGUGAUGGAAUAUUGACCUAUAUUGAUCUGUCAGACAACAUGUUCAGUACUGGUGUUGAGCAAUUAGGCAAAGGAGAGCAGCAAAGUAUUAAACAUAUUAAUUUAUCAAGAAACAUCCUUCAAGGGAGAUUGCCAACUUCCAUUGGAGAACUGAAAUCACUGAAUAAGUUGGAUUUGAGUUACAAUAAGAUCGGGUAUAACUUGCCGGUAUCAAUGGGAAACAUAACCACCUUGGAGACUCUGAAUCUCCAGGAAAAUCAGUUUCAAGGCACCAUCCCAGAAGAAUUUUUGCAGCUGAGAAACUUGAAAGAUCUGAACAUGUCUAAUAAUCAUCUUGAAGGGAAAAUCCCUUCUGGAAAACCAUUUAGUGAUUUUCCCAGCAGUGCUUUCUCGGGAAACAAACACUUAUGUGGGUUUCCUCUUCCCCCCUGUAGCCUUUCAUAAUUGGCUUUUUUUGCUAUUCAACAUUCCUUGAAAUAGACAUAUUCUGAAAAGAUACCUGAUGAUGUUUCAAGUUUAAGUAUCCAACUUAUCUGUGUACA